CUGCUGCAUCCACCACCAGCCUCCUGGACAAACAGAUUCUGAGUUUUUCAGGUCAGGUUUCCUGCAGAAGAAAAGCAACAUGAUUCCAGUUUUCUUCGUCCUCCUCUUCGUCCUCGUCCCCUCGUUGACGGCUGUUCCUCUGAAAGCUGUUGACACAAAUCAAACGCGUGAGGACAUAGAUGUCACUGAAGCCCUCUCCAAGGCAAAUGCUGGCAUAAAGAUUCCGCUGAUUUUCGGUGACAUCGCACCGACCAAAAAUCGCAAUGCAGUACCAUGCACGGCAACAGGCUGCAAAUGGCCCAAAUCUGGAGGAUUUGUUUACGUUCCUGUCCAGAUCGGUUCUGAAUACACCACAGCAGAACGUAACCUAAUCAUUAAUAGCCUGGUGAGCUUCCACUCCGCCACCUGCAUUCGCUUUGUUUGGAGGGAAAGCUUUCAUCAGGACUUCCUUUACUUCUUCUCCGGAUCUGGGUGUUGGUCCUACCUGGGUCGCCAGGGCGGAGGACAGCUGGUGUCCCUGAUGAAAAAUGGCUGUUUGUACCAAUCCACAGUGCAACAUGAGGUUAACCAUGCUCUGGGCUUCCACCACGAGCAGGUCCGCUCUGACAGAGACAACUUCAUCCAGAUCCUCACCCAGAACAUUCAGCCAGGAAUGGAGCACAACUUUCAGAAGGUGCAGACUAACAACUUGGGAACUCCCUACGACUUCAACUCGGUUAUGCAUUACCACAAGUUUGCCUUUUCCAGAAAUGGCCAACCAACAAUCCUUUCCAAAGCUAAUCCUACGCUUGAUUUCGGGAGGGCCACUACGAUGAGCGUCAAUGAUAUCAACCGUAUCAAAAGACUUUAUGGAUGCUGAGCAUGAAGGGUCAGCCUCCAGAAACUUCAGCUUGCCAGCGAUAUCCCUGAUCUGCUCUGCUCCUCACACAGAAUCUCAGCUUAAAACAAGAAAAACUCCUGGUCUCUGCCCACACUAUAUCUGUUUUUACUUUAUAAUUCAGUGAGGAUCUAUAUGACUACAUAACCUUUGAAGACAGUUGUCUCGUAUUCCAAGAAACAAAUGUUUGGAUCAAAUUUAAAGAAAGACACUGCAGGUCCGCCUGCUGGAUUGGUGUGGUAUUACAUAUCAUUUUGUUAACGAGAACACAAGGAAAUGGUGAAGGAUUUCUUAACAAACAACUGUUUUUCUUUUGGGUUUGGGUUACCUUUGGUGAUUUGGUGAUUUUUGGCAUCUAUAUAAAAAACGAUUGACAAACUUUUUUUCCCUGAAAUAAAAAUGUAAACAAAUCUAAAGGGAUGUUUUGGUCCAGUAAGUCAUGCUGUUGAUGAUAGAUUGGACUGCUUCUUAAUGCAAACUUCAUGUUAGCAAAUAUGUUACUAUAGGUUUGAAUUGUUCAACAACUUAUGAUGUAGAACAACAAGUGUAGAUUUACACGACAUUUUUAAAUUAAUAAAAGUGACAGAAAUGCAAUUGGCUUACAUGUAUAACUGAAUGCAGAUGAA